CAGUAGUCAACUGCAGGAAAUAUGGAAACGAAGAAAGUGGAAGGGCCACCGUCUCCGGCACGGCCGCCGGUGGACCUCGCAAACUGUGUAGAAGAGCUAGUGAAGUACACGCUUUCUUCUUCUGUCAACGGAACCCUUGAAAUCGAUCUAGGGUUGUCCAAGGACUACUGCUCUGCCCUCCUCAAGGACGACCACCUCACCGAUCCUACUUCAAUUUCUACCGAUUCUUUUGAGGGUGUUCCUCCAUACCCUUUGUACAAGCGCUUAUCGGCUGCUUUGUAUCAAUCUAUAAUUUCUGGAGCCUUUUGGGAGAUAUAUAGCACAAUGGCAUUGAUCCAUGAAGACAGCUCCUUGAAGCAGAAAGAAGAGUGGAAUAAGUUGGUUGUGGAUAAGGGCUUGGAAUUAGUAAAUAUUUUGAAGACUAUAGAUUUUGAACUUCAUGUUCAGGAGCCUUUCUUUUCACAACUGAAAGAUGGCCUAAAGAUAAUUGAAGGAAGGUGUGCUGUUGGGGAUUACAAUCGAAUUGGAUCAGGAGCUUUGAUUCUCUUCAACAAAUGUUUGGUGCUUGAAGUUCAGGAUGUUCGUCGGUAUGCUUCAUUUUCUCAGUUGUUGGAAUCAGAGGGUCUUGCAGAAGUCCUUCCUGGAGUAAAAACCAUUGAGGAAGGUGUGCAAAUCUAUAGGAAGUUUUACACAAAAGAGAAGGAAAGGUCCAAUGGCGUCCUUGCAAUAUGUGUUGCAAAACCAGCUGCUCAGCCCUACAUUUUUUUAGCCUACAUAUUAUUUGGAUUGAGUUAUGGGGGAGUUCAAAGGCUUCUAGGUUUUAUGCAUACUGUAGGAACAAUUCCAGAGGCACUUCCUCCACCAAGAUCCACUCUUCUCUUAUCAUUUAUGUCACCUUAUAAGCCAAAUAUUUCUGGUCUUGAGGUUGAAAGCUGUACUUUGACUGAUGGAGCCAGGGCCUUGGCAAAGCAUGUCAAUAGGAGUAGCCAAAAGUUUUGGGGCAAUUUUGAUGGAAGUGAUUCUAAUAAAAAUCAACUUGCAAUGGAUGUCAUCACUCGUGUUAUUGCUAAUUGUUGUUGGUUGAAUAUGCAUAUUGUUCCACCACAUGGGGCUGUGUUUGAGAUAAGGGUUGCUGAUGGUUAUGGAGCACGUUGGUCUCAAGAUGGAACUAAGUUCAUUGGAUUUCUCGAGCCAUACAUGGAAGAUGGUCACUUAAGGGGCUGGAAGCAUUGAAUUUGCUCAACAAUUUGACUGUACUGGCUUCAUUGACUUACAGGGGCAUGCUGCUUUUAAUUCUAGCUCAUGGCUGGAAUCAAAGUGCUUUGAGGCUCCAUCAUCACCACAGCCACUAAUCUGUACCUUCUCGUGCAUAUUUGGAAAGAAUGCUUGUUCAACACUCCAUCAAUCCCACAUUCACCAACUAGUCAUUUCGGUGCCACCAGCACCCUCACCCCCAUCCCCACCAUCCUUCAUAUCACCCAGCAGUAGCAGCAGCAGCAGCACCACCACCACCACACUCUCCGCGAACGAGUACUAGCACUCACACUUCUGACGACAAAUCAGCACCACCUGCUGGGUUGUUGCCACCACCAUUUCCCAUUAGUCGAUGAUAGUAUUGAUUUGUUCAUGAUGGAUUUUGGAAAAUGGACUUCUUGCUAAGUGAAUUAGUGAUAUCUCACUUAGCAAGUAUCUUCCCAAUUGGAAGGUGAAGGUGCAAUACCUCAGCAUCCAUCACAGUUUAUUGGAUUUCUCGAGCUGUACAUGGAGGAUGGUCACUUAAGGGGCUGGAAGCAUGGAAUUUGCUCAACAGUUCGACUCUACUGGCUUCAUCCACUUAUAGGGGUAUGUUCCUUUUAUAGGAAUGCUGCUUUUAAUUGUAGGCUUUCUAGCACACAGCUGGAAUCAGAGUGCUUUUGAGGCUCUCCAUCAUCACCACAGGCACUAUAAUCUGUACCUUCUGCAUAUUUGCAGCAGCAGCAGCAGCAAGGGUGCCUCGUGCCGCCGCCACCAGGACCACCACUCAGCUUCCACCUCUAACCACCAAACACCACCUCUCUGCAAAUAGGACUAGCACUCAUGCCUCUGACAAUGAAUCACCACCACCUGCUGGGUUGCCACCACAACCACCACCAUUUCCAGUUAGUCUAUGAUGGUCUUAAUUUUUUCAUGAUGGAAAGCUGGACUCCCUGCUGAAUCUGGAUUGUAUUUGCCUUGUUUUAUUUGCAGAGCAGGCUGCCCAAAUGCUAUGUGGGUACCACACUGAUGAAAAGCAAUUUUCUCUUCUUGAGAUCAGGAAACAUUUUUUCUAAUUUAGAAAACAUGUUUAACAAACUUUUAACAGAAAACAAUGUUUGUAUGAAAAUAGGUUGUUCUAAGCAGCAAUUGAAAUUAUGGAAAAGAUUUUGA